GUCUUAUUUACAAGAUGGCUGACCUCAAUCAAAGCUUGAAAGAUUACAUGUCAAGGUCUAACAAAGAUACCACCACAACAGCAAAAUACUCAUUAUUGCCAACAAAAUGGUUUUCAUCAGGAGAAGAUAUUGAAGAUAAACCCCAAACAGAAGCCGCUAAUGGCUGGUUAAUAGACGCUCAGUCUGAUCCAUUGUUGCCCAGCCUUAGCAAAAAACAAAGGAUUGUAGGUUUUAUCAUCUGUUUGUUGAUGGGGACAUUUUGUCUCAGCUUAGCAAGUCUUUACAUUCCUUUUUUGGUUCUAAAAGCAAGAAAAUUUGCAUUAUUAUAUACUUUAGGCAGCUUAUUUGUCCUAUCCAGCUUUGCUCUGUUGUGGGGACCAAUGCAUCACUUGAAACAUCUUUUCUCAAUUGGGCGACUCCCCUUUACAUUAACCUACUUUGGAGCCAUGUUUGCCACACUUUAUUUUUCACUUUGGGCAAAAAGCACAAUAUUAACAGUGGUAUUUGCAGUGGCUCAAAUUGUUGCCCUAGUGUGGUACAUAGUGAGUUACAUUCCUGGAGGCCAAAGAGGACUUAAGUUUUUUACAACAAUAUUUUAUGCAGUGGCUUCAAAAACAGUAGGAAAAACUCUGCCCAUGUAGCAAGCAGACCAUAGAACUUGUUUGUUGAUUAAUUCCCUUGCAGCGUUACAUAAAACUUACAUGUAAAAAUAUAAAUGAACUUUGGUCUUUAUGAUUUUGUGGAUUUUGUGUGGUAAAAUUUUGCAUUUUCAUUCUUUAUUAUUUUAUAAAAAUUAAGUUGGGUACGCUUUGGCAUUUUAUUGUUUAUUUUUUAAAAAUGUUUUUAAUUCAAGAUAUCAUUUUAUUUUAAAUGUUGUUUAUUUAGGCUUCUGGUAUAUCAACUUAAUAUACUCCCAGCCUAAAUUAGCUACUUGAUAAGUUUAAAGUUCUAGAUCUUGCAAAAUAUUUUUUAACCAGCUAAAUGAACUCAAUUGUAUUAAGUAAAAUAUAUAUCAAACAGUUACAGUUAUCAAAACUUAAGCAUGAUAUUUUCUUCCUAUUUCCCAUCCCACUUUGUCCUCUUAAUUUGUUACCUAUGACCAACUUAGCUUUUGAUAUGUUUAUAUUUUAUAAUAUUUUUAAAAAAACUAUAUCAACUGUAGUAUUUAAUCAAGUUUAAUUUGUAAUGAAAAGCAUUUUAGUAUGAACUAUUUGUGUAAGAAUCAAAAGUACCCAGCGUAAAUACCGUAUCUAUAAAUCCAAUUUUAAAAACCUCGAUAAAUAAUGAAUUAGUUGCCCAAAAGAUUGGUUAUAGCUUUGUAUAUACUUUAAACAUGAACUCUGGUUGUCUAGGCUGGUUUAGUUAUAUCAUUGCAUUUAGUUCUUUUUAAACAUACUGAUAUUUGAGGAGUAUUAAAAAAGGAAGGGCCUAGUCAGGAUCCCUCAUUAAGUGCUGAUUAAAACGUUUUUCAACUCAUAUCCUUGUACAUAAUUAAAUAAUCCGAAUAAUCAAGUGAGAUAACAAAUUAUCAUUGCUGGAUUAUUCUUAACUUUAAUCUAAAUGAUGUUAAUAAUUAUCUUUCUUGAAAUUAUAGUAAAUUUUAUAUCCCUGUGCAUAUUUAAGGAUAUUUGUUUCAAGUGCGCUGACUUUAAAAAAAAAUGCAAUUCAGUGCUAAUUUAGUUUGUACAAUUUGUUGCUGUGUCAAGUCACUGCCAGAUUUGUACGUUAAGGUUUGUGACAUGAACCAUAUAAAAAGUUGAGUUGAACAAUGUAUUAUAAUGACAUGAACAGUGUAUAAAAUGUUGACAGGUAUGAUGUGUAAAAUUGAUUUGAAUGAUUUAAAAUAUCGACAUGAAGUGUCAAAUAAUGACAAUGUUGAUGUGAAAGAUAUAGAAUGUUAACAAAUAAUAUUUUGAACUUUUUUUUAUACUGAGAUGCAUUUUGUUAUGUGCUGUGUUGGUUAAAUAGCUUUGAAUGUGUUGAAGCCGGCAAAGAGUGUGUUACCUAUAACUAAUGCUUCUCUACUUUUUGCUUAACUCUGGAUUCAGCAUUUACUCUGUGAAAAGAAGCUAAUAUCUUAGAAAACACUAACGAUUUUUAGUUUAUUGAGAACUACGUAUGAAACAACUACUGAUAUUUUUAACUUGUAUUUUAAAAAAACAUAGCAUUUACUAUUUAUCUAAUGCUAUUUAUUUAAGUUACUAAAAAUAUUUGUCUUGUUGCCAUACUUCUCAAUGUAUUUCUUUGUAUUUUAACGGUGUGUAAUAAAACAUGUAUUUUGGA